UCUCCUCCACUUCACUCAUCUCCUGCCAUCUGAUUCCCCCUGACUGGGGACUAUCAUCCACAUCAAAUCCAUUCCUUGUAUUCCGCCAUGGCCACUCCCUUCCUCGUCUCCGUCGACCCCACUUCCCCCUCCAACGGCCUUUCUCUGCAGCAGAUCGCCUACUUUGGCCGUGUCCUCGUCAAGGUAACGAGUCUCGCACAAGCAGAGGACUUUGUCCGCCAAAACUUCCGCCGCCUCGAUGUCUACGUUGACGCCACCAGCAUCUCCUCGACGGGAGAUCUCGUUGAUAUCCUCAAUGCCGGUGCUGCCAAGAUCUUCAUCACUCUCGCCCAAUUGACGGCUCUCACGCAAGAACAGUCCGUCCCCUCGUCGCGGCUCGUUGUCUACACCUCAUCCGAUAGCGACAUUGAAUCUUUCCAGAAAUGGGUAUGCCAGCAUAUCGAACGAGAGGAUGCCGGCCUCUGCACAGACGCCACCGCUGUCCACGCCAUCUCCGUUAAACUCGGCUUGAACUCUGAAGCUCAGCUCCUAUACCGCACCUACUCCGGACCUGUCACAGAGGAAUCGAUGAAGGAUACAAUGAAGCAGGGGGCUGUCAGCAUCGUCCCCGCUACUUCUCUGGUGGUCGACCGCGACGAGUCCAAUGGCAAGAUCCAAGCCGCAUCGCUCAUUGCCGCUCGCGGUGUCGUCGAUGCAGGCAAUGGCCUUUACGCCACAACGGUGACGGAUGAGAGAGGUACAUGUCUGGGCUUUGUGUGGAGCAGUGAUGAGAGUAUUGCGGAAGCCCUCCGCACCGGAACUGGUGUGUAUCAAAGCCGAAAGCGUGGCCUUUGGUACAAGGGUCAAUCCAGUGGAGAUGUGCAAGAGUUGAUCCGCGUGGGUUUUGAUUGCGACAGCGAUUGCUUGGUGUUUGUCGUCAGACAGCUUGGUAGAGGUUUCUGCCACCUCGGCACUGCCAGCUGCUUUGGUCCCUACAAUGGUCUUGCCCGUCUGCAGAAGACUCUGCAAGCCCGCAAAGCCGAUGCCCCCGCCGGAUCUUAUACCGCUCGACUCUUUAACGAACCGAAGCUUACUCAAGCCAAGAUUAUGGAAGAAGCCGAUGAAUUGUGCCGCGCAACUACCAAGGAAGAGAUCGCCUUCGAAGCCGCCGAUCUCCUUUACUUUGCUCUGACCCGAUGUGUCGCAGCUGGUGUCAGUCUCGAGGAUGUGGAGCGAAAUCUCGACUUGAAGAGUCUGAAGGUGAAGAGGAGAAAGGGCGAUGCCAAAGGCCCGUGGGCCGAGAAGGCUGGCCUCGCUCCUACCGCAGCUGAGCCUAAGCCUGCAGCCCCUGCUCCUGAAAAGGAAGAACCCAAACCCGACGAUUCCCGAAUCGAGAUGACUCGCGUCAUCACCGCAUCGACCUCCGCCGAGACAGUUCAGGAAUACCUCAAGCGCCCAUCCCAAAAGUCCAACGACGCCAUCGUGGGUCUUGUCCGCCCAAUCAUCCAGGAUGUUCGCGAGCACGGAGAUGCUGGAGUGCUCAAGUACACCCACAAGUUUGAGAAGGCUACCUCCUUGACCUCGCCCGUCCUCAACGCCCCCUUCCCCCCCGAGUUGAUGAAGCUCUCUCCUGAAAUUCAGGAGGCGAUCGAUGUCAGUAUCUCCAACAUCGCCAAGUUCCACAGCGCUCAGAAGGGUAGCAACGAUGGCCUUCAGAUGGAGACCAUGCCCGGCGUGGUAUGCUCGCGCUUCUCACGACCUAUCGAGCGUGUUGGUCUCUAUAUCCCCGGUGGAACCGCGGUACUACCCUCCACUGCCAUGAUGUUGGGUGUUCCCGCUAUGGUUGCUGGAUGCAAGAAGAUUGUCUUGGCCUCGCCACCACGUGCGGACGGCAGCAUUACCCCAGAAAUUGUGUACGUCGCACACAAGGUUGGAGCCGAGAGCAUCGUUCUUGCAGGAGGCGCCCAAGCCGUCGCUGCGAUGGCGUACGGUACAGAGAGCGUCAGCAAGGUGGACAAGAUCCUGGGUCCCGGCAACCAAUUUGUCACUGCAGCAAAGAUGCUGGUUGCUAAUGACACCUCUGCUGGGGUGAGCAUUGAUAUGCCUGCUGGUCCCAGUGAGGUGCUCGUGAUCGCCGACAAGUCCGCCAACCCUGCCUUUGUCGCAUCGGACCUGCUCAGUCAGGCAGAGCACGGUGUCGAUUCCCAGGUUAUUCUCAUCGCUGUUGAUUUGAAUGAGCAGGAGCUCCAGGCGAUUGAAGACGAAGUUGACGCCCAGGCCAAGGCCCUUCCCCGUAUGGAUAUUGUCAAGGGAUCCCUAGCACACUCGGUUACAUUUGUGGUGCGGGACAUUGAUGAGGCCAUGGCUCUCAGCAACGACUACGCCCCCGAGCAUUUGAUCCUGCAGAUGCAGAAUGCGGAGGCCGUUGUGGAAAAGGUGGAGAAUGCCGGAAGUGUCUUCAUCGGACAGUGGACCCCGGAGAGUGUGGGUGAUUACUCUGCUGGAGUAAACCACUCUUUGCCAACAUACGGAUAUGCUAAGCAAUACUCCGGUGUUAACCUUGGAUCAUUCGUCAAGCACAUCACAAGCUCCAACCUGACCGCUGAGGGACUUCUCCGACUGUCCAAGACGGUAGAAACUUUGGCUGCGGUGGAGGGCUUAGACGCCCACAAGCGGGCUGUGAGCAUCCGUGUUGCAGCUAUGAAGCAACAGUAAAGCAGAUUAUUGUUUCGUUUGGAUAUUUUCCCCGUCACCAUAUUUUAUAUGUAUAUAUAGAUGAGCCCAGUAAAAAAAAAAGGGAUGCCUUGAGUGCAUUAUUAUGGACAUGGUAUCUAGACGCCCAGCAGAAUGAUAUAAACGCAAAAUCUAUUAAAUGUACAGAAACUUUUUUCUUCCCC